AUGGCAUCUGCCUACCUGAGAGAUGAGCUCAAGUGCCCCAUCUGCCUGAACCUCUAUGAAGAGCCUACAAUACUGAUGUGCGGACACAACUUCUGCUUGGAUUGUAUUGCGACUGCGCUGAGUACACAGGAGUUCCAUGGAAUCUAUUCCUGUCCGGAGUGCCGAGAGCAGUAUACGGAGCGCCCUAUGCUGUUGAAGAACAGGAACCUACGUAAAAUCGUGGCAUGGUUCAGAACUUCUUACAAGGAGGAAAUCUUGUGUACGUACUGCGAUUAUCCCGUACCAGCUUCUAAAACGUGCCUGUUAUGCGAGGCUUCAUUUUGCGCAAAGCACCUAAGUUACCACAGAAAAUCAGCGGAUCACAUUUUAUCCGAACCCACCACAACAUACGGAGAGAGCAAAUGCUCCACGCAUAAAGAGGCUCUGAAUUAUUACUGCUGGGAGGACAGCGCCCGUAUCUGUAUGUCCUGCUGGGCGGCUGGAGAACAUCGAGGACACCGAGUGGACCUUCUAAUCGAGGCCUCUGAGAAAAAAAAAGAGGAACUGAGAAAAUGUUCAAAUGCUUUGGACUCGGAGAGACAGGAGAUCCGGAGGAGAAUCCAGAACCUGGAUAAUUACUGGAGAGAAGAGGACAAGAAAACCUUUGCCGUUACCCGGAGCUACAUUGACCUGUCCAUGGAAAUUACGGAACAGCUGAGCGGUGUAGAGAAGGCAUUCCUGCAAGAGAUCCGCAGACAGAACAACCAGAUCUCCGAUUCCGUGUCCGAUCUGAACAGGCAGCUGAACCUAAAGCAGAGCCAGCUGGCCAGGAAGAUUAGGCAUAUGAAAAAAUUGUGCGACAUCCGAGACCCGUUAGCUGUCCUGAAAAUGCCACCUAAUGGAGAUGACCUCAGUCUUGGGAUAGGGGAUACAAUAAUAAAUCCUAAAUGUCUAGAUGAAGAAAUGAUCUCGGAUAGACUACAGUGUGAGCUUGGCAACCUGACUCAGUGUCUGAAGGAUGUGCUGAAAACGGGACAAUUUUCGGUGAUGGAGAAAGCCAACAUUUCCCUGGAUAUAAACACAGCCCACCAACAGCUUAUUAUAUCCAAGGAUCUGAAGAGAGCCACUAAUGCUGAAAUCUGUAUGGCCAUUCCGGAUAGUCCUCAGAGAUUCAUCUGCAGCCAGGUAUUGAGUGUACAAGGAUUCACAUCCGGGACACAUUACUGGGAGGUGGAUGUGAGUGAAGCGGAGGAAUGGUUGGUCGGGGUGGCCAAUGAAAGCAUCGAGAGGAAGAUUUCGGGAAAUGUGUCCUUUUUGGGUUAUAAUGAAAAAUCCUGGAGUCUAAUUCAAACCAUGUCAAGGCUUCAUGUCCGACACGCAAACUAUCCUAUUUAUAUAGACUGCAAAUACUUAGUAAAGACAGUUGGGAUUUAUCUGGAGUAUGAAGCCGGCCGUCUUUCCUUCUACCAGCUGUGUGACCCCAUCAGACACCUCCACACCUUCACCGCCACCUUCACCGAACCCCUCCAUGCCGCUUUCCAUUUGUUUCCACAGUGCUCUAUCAGAAUCAAAACUUAA